UUCAAAAGAUUUUUAAAAAAGAAAAUUGUUAAUGAUUAUUCAGUUAGUAUGUAAAUCUUGUUAAUACUAUGAAAAAAUUAUUUAUAAUGUUGAUUCUUCAGGUAUAUGGUUAAAUAGGGUAGGCAAAUAUAAGCCUUGGCUUCAGCCUACUCCUUUUUUGCUUAUUUCAUUGUAAAUUUACCAAACGAAAUCAUUCAAAUUCAAAAUUCAAAUAUCCAUAAAGAAAUGGGUUUAGCCUGCACAGAGACGAACAUCUUUUCAUGAACUAAAACUCUGCAGCGACUGUGAGCCAGACCUUAUCACCCAACAUCAGUGGCCAACCUCGCUAAUGAUCUUGUGGCUGACCAGGAACAAAUCCACCACCAUCCCAGAGGAGGUGUUGAUCUCCGCUCUGCACGCCUCUGGAGCCCCCGUGAAAUCAACAGCCUUCAGGUCUGCCUGGUAGUACUUCUCUGUGGCUUCAAGGAACAGCUGCAGAGAGCAGAGACAGAGGGCCCUCACAUGUGGUUUGUGUUGCUGCCAGCCAGAACAAAGGGAAUGGGUGGAGCUUAUAAAGAAGACCAUUGAUUAGGAGUGAGUGAGAUCAGUCACACUGGAUCAAUUUGUCAUAGCCGCCUGGUCUGUGUGGGAGGAAGAGAGCAUCCAGCAGCAGGAGCUAAAAAGAUAAACGAUUGGAGGAAGAGAGGAAACCUGGAGAGACGGACUCCAUCACACCCAUGAGAGACAUGGGAGGAAAGGAGAAGAAGGUUUUGGUCAUUGCAAAUGUGCCCAACUACCAGGGGUCAGACAAGAAGACUCUGUGUAAUGAGUCUGUUUCUGGCAUGAAGAAUGAAAAACUCCCAUCAUCUGCUGUACCACCGCCGAUACCCAUGUCCCCCAUCGUUGAAAAGAUGGAGGGGCUGAAGGCAAUCCGUAACCGCAGUAACAGCCUUCGUCUGGGCCGACUGGCCUUCUACCGGCACCUGGAGAAGGUGGAGACCAUGCGCUGCUUCUGGGAGCUCAAACAUGUGGAGCUGGAGGGAGGAAACCAGCAGGCAAAUAAUGACAAGGAUAAAGCCAAACUUACCCCGAAGGGCUUGAAGGCCCAGAAGAAGAGGAAACCUCUUGACACGUCAGAUACGUCCUCGCUAAAUGAGCCAGUGCUGCAGGAACAGGUGGAAAAGCUCAACAGGCAGAACACUGAGCAUUCCCAUGGAAAAGCAGAGGCUGACAAUGAGAGGGGAGAGGAGUGGGGAAGUGGAGGAAGAAGACAGAAGCCUGCAGAGCUGAUCCUGGAUGGACCACACGCCUCCGCUGCCCAGUCAGAGGAGAGGAAGAAGGCAACUACGGAGAAAGAGGAAGAGGAGGAUGUUUUUGAGCAUUCAGAGUCCGAGGAAGGGGAGGAAAAGGGAGAAGAUGUUAGUCCAGAACAGGCUGUAAAAGUGCAGGAUGAUGGGAAGAAAAAGCGUAUAGGAGAGGCAGAAGAGUCGUCAAAAUCUGAAAAGGCUUCAAUCGUCAUCGCAGAUGUCUGCAAGACCUCAGUCCUACCACAGGAAAGCUCUGAGGAGGUCGGCGAUGUGGCCACUUGCAGCAAACGUCGUGUCACAGAAGAAGACCUGUUGAAGGACGACCUCAAAAAAAGCAGAGUAGAAGACAGUAAAGCGGAACAUGCUGAUGAGCAGGUGGUGGAGGGGGGAGAGCCACAGGCCUCCAAAUCUGACGAAGGAAAGACAGAAGUGGAAGAAGAGGGGAAGGAGGGAGAGUCUGAUGUGAAGAAGUUUAUCAUUGACUCAAGCCCUCCUCCAUUAGCACCUUUUGACCACCGCAUCGUGACUCCCAAACCCCAUCAGAUAGCAAACUAUUACACCAUCAACAGGGACGAGGUCCUGGGAGGGGGACGUUUUGGACAAGUCCACAAGUGCAUGGAGAACUCGUCUGGUUUGAUGUUGGCUGCCAAGAUCAUCAAAGCGAGGAGCCAGAAAGAGAAGGAGGUGGUGAGGAAUGAGAUCCAGGUGAUGAACCAACUGAACCACGCCAACCUGAUCCAGCUGUACGCUGCAUUUGAGUCGCGCCAUGACAUCAUCCUGGUCAUGGAAUAUGUGGAGGGAGGGGAGCUGUUUGACCGCAUCAUCGAUGAGAAUUACAACCUGACAGAGCUUGACACAGUGCUGUUCAUACGGCAGAUCUGUGAAGGGCUGCAGUACAUGCAUAAGAUGUACAUCCUACAUCUCGACCUCAAGCCAGAGAACAUUCUUUGUGUCAGCAGAGCUACUAACAAGAUUAAAAUCAUUGACUUUGGUCUGGCCAGGAGGUAUAAGCCGAGGGAGAAGCUGAGGGUCAACUUUGGAACACCUGAAUUUUUAGCUCCUGAAGUCAUCAACUAUGAGUUUGUUUCAUUCCCCACGGACAUGUGGAGCCUCGGCGUCAUCACUUACAUGCUGCUCAGUGGCUUGUCUCCAUUUCUGGGGGAUGACGACAACGAGACACUGAACAACAUCCUGGCUUGUCAGUGGAACUUUGAAGAGGAGGAGUUUACGGACAUUUCUGACGAGGCCAAAGAUUUCAUCACCCUUCUGCUGGUGAAGAGCAAGAGCUGGAGGAUGAGUGCAGCAGAGUCCCUCAGACACCCAUGGUUGUCAGACCAGAGUCUGCACUAUCGACUAAAUCAGAAGAGAAACAAAUGCCACUCCACACAUGCUCCUUCUCAAGAGAGCCAGAAAGAAACACUGUGAGGCCCUCAGCAUGCCUUUUGACAAUGUAGGGCCCUGGAGCCCAACACUGGACCAAUGCUGCUGUACCUGUAUGGCUACUGGAUAUCUACUCUCUGCCUCGCAUCUUUAUGUUUGCUUAGCUCUGCAGCUUAUAGUUCUGACCUGACUAGUGUUAGGCCCGUAGAAAAAAAAGAGACUUUUUUUUAAUUGAUUUUUUUAAUGGUGCCUUCGAGGCACAAACCAUUUACUAGCAUUGUUACUAUCCUGCACAGCACAAAACUCAGACCGAACCACUGAGGCCUCUCUAGCUCUAUAAUGGUGUGCAGUCAUUGUAGCGUAAAAGAACAAACUGUACCGCAAUGAUGUAUCCAAAAUAUUAGAGACUAAAAGCCUGAAUUGCUUGUCACUUCCAACACAAUUUCCAUGUGUAUCACUGAAAAGGUCAAGAAAAUCAGCAGUUUACCAUCGCUGUUAUUCUCCCUUUGACAGUGCCCAGAUUGUCAUGUUGUCCUGGUUUGUUGCAUGCGUUGCACUUUUUGGCCUAUUUCUUCAAGAUUUAGCAAACAACUUUAAACAAAAUAUAAACCGAACGUUGUUAUUUAAAUAAUAUAUUUUUGUGAAUACAGAUUUUUUUCUUUCUUUUAAUUUCUUUUAAAGUCUUAUAAAAAUGUUAUUCUUUCUUGAACAUAAAGUAAAAUACUUGCUGUACUUAGUUGAGGUUGACGUCACAACACAUUAAUUUUAUUUAUUUAUUUUGUACAUAACACAACACUGAAUACACUCAUUCACCUGAAAAGAAAGUGCCAUAUUCAGACCACAUUUCUGGUACACCUUCACUGUAGACUGGAUUGCCUUCUGUAUGCAUUCAUGCCACUAGAUCGCCUUCGCUUCGGCAGUUUGGAGUAGCCCUCUCACCUUCCAUGAAGGCAUAACGAACAACAGAAUACUACCUAUGAAUGAUUCAUGUUUAUGACUAAAGUGGAUUCUUAUGUUCAUUUAUUUACUGGUUGAACACCAGUCUGUACUUGAAGUGCAAAGCUUUUAUUCAAGAUGGGAUUUUUUUCAGGAUUUCACUUAGUUAUGCACAUUAGUCAGUGUUUUAUUGUCCCAUUCUUUCUAAGAGAUGGGAAGUUGGAUGAAUAUUCGUCACUCAGUUGUUGGCUGCUCCAUUUGGAAAUGGAAAAGCUUUGUAAUUUUGAAUACUUGUUCAUUUGAAUUUAUGAUACAUUUUUCAUGUUUUCUUGUGUAAUGUUGAGACAGAUAAAUAAAUGUAGAAUAUAAACAAGC